AUGCCAUCGAAACUACCAUCGACGAAGAAACAACGCGCCAGCUUUGUAACGGCGAAGCUGUUGGAUGGAAGAGCAGGAGUGAAAGCUGGGUUGCAACUGGACGAUACAAACUUAUCGGUUGCGUUGUGCGAAGAAAAAUACGUCCUUGAACUUUUAGGACAGGAGUCGGAGAAACUGGAGAAAAGAGGCAAAGGCAGAUCUGCUUUCGAAAGGGAAUUGUUUUUCUACGAUGCCAUGACCGGUCUUUCGCUGCAGAAGAGUUGA